CUUCAUGAUGAGGAUAUAUAUGUAUCACACCUAAUACUCUUGGGAACGAAUUAUGGCAUUGUCUUUUAUCAGGACUAGAGCACUACAGUACGGAAAUUCACACUUGCGUCUGUUCGCCAACGUAUCGACCAUGAAGACGGGAUUGGUAUUGGGUGUAUACGAAACUGAGAGCGAGGAUGUCGUGCUCACCCCUACGGCGGCCAAGUACAAUGAGCUGGUUAACGGCAAGCUGCUGAAAAACAUUCUGCUAGCAGGACCAAAGAUCCCUAAAGGUCAUGCUAGAGUGUUUUGGGGUUUGGAUGAAACAGAUUACUCCGGAGUCGCGGUAGUUGGACUGGGGAAACAAGGUCUUGCGAUUAACAAACUUGAGGAGAUUCAUGAAGGGAAGGAAAGUGUACGUGUUGCCGCAGCAGCGGGAUGCCGUGCACUGGAUGAUGUCGAGAUAAAGGACAUUAAGUUAGAAAUGCUAGGAGACGCGGAAGCUGCCGCUGAAGGAGCUGGUUUAUCCACAUGGCUUUAUCAAGGUUAUAAAAAUGAAGAAAAGAAAAAGAAAUUACCAAAGAUUUCACUAUACGGAGAAGAAGGAGAGGCAGAAUGGCGAGUUGGCAUUAUCAAAGCUCAAGCACAAAACUGGGCUCGCGAACUCUCGGACACGCCCGCGAAUCUGAUGACACCGACAAUAUUUUCGCAAAGGGUCUUUGAGGUUUUGACGCAUCUCGGGGUUGAUGUACAAGUACAUGACAAAAGCUGGGCCGAGCAGAAGAAGAUGGAUUCGUUCCUUAGUGUGGCGCGCGGUAGCAUCGAACCACCCAAGUUCCUCGAAAUCAGUUACAAGGGCGCCGAGAAUCCGAACGAGUCACCAAUGACGUUUGUUGGCAAGGGAGUUACUUUCGAUGCCGGUGGCAUCAGCCUUAAGCCAUCAGCGGAGAUGGACGAGAUGCGCGCAGAUAUGAGCGGCGCCGCCUGUGUGGCCGCUACCAUACGAGCCGCAGCGGAACUCAAACUGAAGAAAAAUAUUGUCGGACUGAUCCCACUCACGGAGAAUCUACCGUCCGGACAUGCGACGAAACCGGGAGAUCUAGUGCGGGCGAUGAACGGCAAGACCAUCAUCGUGGACAACACCGACGCAGAAGGCAGGCUGAUUCUCGCCGAUGCGCUGUCCUACGCUGAACAGUUUAACCCAAGAUUUAUCUUGGAUAUCGCUACGUUGACUGGUGCCAUGAGAAUCACCUUGUCGAAUUCUGCAACUGGAGUAUUUACUAAUGAUGGCAACCUUUACGAAACUCUGAGAAAUGCUGGCACGGUAACCGGCGAUCGAGUAUGGAGAUUACCUCUGUGGCAGCAUUUCACAGAUGAAGUAACAAAAAAAGUCAAAGGUGCUGAUAUAAAUAACAUCGCGAAGUGCAAGGGUGGUGGCUCUUGUACUGCCGCUGCAUUUUUGAGAGAGUUUAUCACCAAGGAUACGCCGUGGAUGCAUUUGGACAUAGCUGGUGUCAUGGGUCCCGCCCACGACGAAUUACCAUAUAUCCCGGCUGGAAUGACCGGGCGUCCAACACGUAGGCCAGGGGCCCUUGCAGGGCGCUACUACCCAUACCGCCGACCGGAAAUCCGGUGGCUCUGCCACCUACACCACCUUGUGUCAUGAACAUGCCUUGCUGAUUGACUGGCACACCAACUCCCUGAAGACCUGAUGUAGGCGGGCCACCAGAACCCUGUUGC